CGGAGGGGACGGGUUUAUGUUGUGUAGCCGCGCUGUCUGAGGGACUCAAAGCGUUCAUAGCGAAAUGGCGGAGACCGCGGACAGGAUGGAGGUGUCUCAGGGUGAGAGCUCGGAGAAGCCUGCUGCUGAGGACAUGACGUCCAAGGACUACUACUUCGACUCCUAUGCUCACUUUGGCAUCCAUGAGGAGAUGCUGAAGGAUGAAGUCCGCACCCUCACCUACAGAAACUCCAUGUUCCACAACAAACACCUGUUCAAGGACAAGGUGGUGCUGGAUGUGGGCAGUGGCACUGGCAUCCUGUGUAUGUUUGCAGCCAAGGCGGGUGCCAAGAAAGUCAUCGGUAUCGAGUGCAGCAGCAUAUCUGACUAUGCGGUGAAGAUCGUCAAGGCUAACAAGCUGGAUCACAUUGUGACCAUUAUAAAAGGUAAGGUGGAGGAAGUGGAGCUCCCAGUGGAUCGUGUUGACAUCAUAAUCUCUGAGUGGAUGGGUUACUGUCUGUUCUACGAGUCCAUGCUCAACACGGUCAUCUAUGCCCGAGACAAGUGGCUGAAACCUGAUGGGCUGAUUUUCCCUGACAGAGCCACACUGUACAUCACUGCUAUCGAAGACCGGCAGUACAAGGACUACAAAAUCCACUGGUGGGAGAACGUGUAUGGCUUUGACAUGUCCUGUAUUAAGGAGGUGGCCAUUAAGGAGCCUCUGGUGGACGUUGUAGAUCCCAAACAGCUCGUCACCAGUUCCUGCCUCAUCAAGGAGGUGGACAUCUACACGGUGAAGAUCGAGGACCUGUCCUUUACCUCGCCCUUCUGCCUGCAGGUGAAGAGGAAUGACUAUAUCCAUGCUCUGGUCACCUACUUCAACAUCGAGUUCACGCGUUGCCACAAAAGAACUGGCUUCUCCACCAGUCCAGAGUCUCCCUACACCCACUGGAAGCAGACUGUCUUCUAUCUGGAUGAUUAUCUGACUGUGAAGACUGGGGAGGAGAUCUUUGGCACCAUCAGCAUGAAACCCAACAUCAAGAACAAUAGAGACCUGGACUUUACUGUAGACAUCGACUUCAAGGGUCAGCUCUGUGAGAUGUCCAAGACCUCAGAGUACAGGAUGCGUUAAAUUUCCUGUGUGGUGGGAGGGGUGUCAGGGGGAUGUGUGUGUGUGUGUGUGUGUGUGUGUGUGUGUGUGUGUCCCAUUCCUUUUAAAGAGAGCUCUUGCCCUGAUGUAUGAUCAGUGAAGAACUUUCCACACCUCCACAUGGACGCCUUGAGUUUCUAUACAAUGAUGACGCAGUGGCGUUUUUAUUGUGCAAUAUUCACACAGGAUGGGUUUUUGGUUUUAUUUUUUUAGCCCCCCCCCCCCAAGAGUUUUUCAACUGGUAACAAGGCGUCUUGAAACACACACAUGCAUGCACUGACUCCCUCUCACCUGUACAUGGUAUUCAUAUUCAGCCACUUUAACCUGUUGUGCAGUCAUGGAUCCUGUUGUCUUGGCAAUGCACCUGUCCUGUUUUGAUUUCUAGCAUUUAUUUGGGUAAGAAGAGCCUCCUGUGAUGGUUUGGUUGCUCCUGUCCAUCAUUGGUGUCUUUCUGAAAUUAUUUACUAAUCCCCCAUCUGUGUUUAAAAAGAAAAAAGAAGUAAGUGUCGUGGUAAUUGUGGGCUGCAGUUUGGCGCCUGGGCCGGCUCUGUGCUCGGCUGAAGGUGUGCUUGUGGUCACUAGAGGGCACUCUAACGGUUUACUCAUUUUAUUUUUCCAUUCAUGUCCCACAGUCUGUUUUUAAAACUCCGUUUUUGGUGUGAGUGCACAAAACCCAAAGGUGCAGAUUUCAGACUGUGUUUUAGUCCCUUUCACUGUUAGAGAACUCCAGCUCCUCCUGUUUGAGCCCUUAAACACUGAGCUGCAGUCUGAUGCAGAUAGACUGUGAAAUAAAGUCAGACACUGCCCCGUUUGCAGUGCACACACGUUGGGAUUUAACUCUUCAUGUCUGUCUGAGAAACGGUUGCUUUCUGAAAGCCAGUGUUUUUAUCCCCUCCUGAGCCCCCUGAAUCAGUGUUAAACAUAAGAACUAAACCAGGCUCAGUUUUGCUAAAUAUAUUUGGUUUUAACAUCUCUCUGUUAGUCAUAAGUGUGUGUGGGGGGUGUUCCUGAAUGUGUUGAGUUCACUUUGUAUUUAUCACUGCUCUGGGCUACAGCUACACACAAAUGUGUCCACUAGAAAUACUUCAGUUUUUUCUUUUUUUUUAAUAAAACAACUAAAAUUGGGAGAAAAA